GUCGAUCUGCAACGACGACGAGGCGGCUCAUCCGCCCACGCUGCUCAUGGACCCAGGAGCCCGCAAACUCCUCGAGUCCGUCACCCACGAAACUCUCCAUGCCCACAACUUCGCCCGCUCCUCCUCCCAGGCCUCCGCCGUCCUCACCGACGUCCUCCACCGCUAUCUCGAGCUGCUGACGACGACAUGCGCGAAGUAUGCCGAGCACGCGGGGCGGCUGUCUCUCACCAUCCGCGACGCGGCCUCUGCGCUCGACGAGCUCGGCCUAGGCGUUGAUGAGCUCCAGGAGUAUGCGGCGGUCGAGGGCAGGGACAUGACGCGCUAUACGGUGCAUUCGCAGAGACGGGUGGAGGAUCUGGCGGAAUUCAAGGCAUCCUUGGCGGUGGGCCUUCGUGAGGACCGCGACGAUGCAAUCCCGCUCGUGUACGCUCGUGUGUCGACACCUGCGCUCGAGGAAGACGAGGAUGAGGGCAGUGCCAGCGAGGUCGAGGAAGACCUCCGAGAAGACGAGAAUGGGGAAGAACCUGAGCCCUUUGCGAUGGACAUAGAGGGCCAAAUCGUCGAAAUGGAGCCUUUCGCGAAAGUAAGAGAGGAUCCAAAGAGCAUACAACCGCCAACAUCGCCCCCUCUUCCAUUGUCGCCCAUAUCGAAUCCCUCGACACCGCCGCGGAAGCGGCCACGCACAUCAAGCUGGCGCCCGCCGCCCUAUGUCCCAGACUAUCUCCCGCCCUUCCCAACCACCUCACCACGACGUUCGCCAUCGCCCUUGCCUCAGGAUGCAUCAGCAGUCCCUGGUCCUGUGAAGGUCGAGCGUCCUCCCACACCGCCCCCGCCUCAAAUUGCUACCACGACACCCUCUGCUGAUUACCUGACCCCUACCCCUUACGCGCAGUCCUCACUGGCUGCAACGACUGGCCCGUGGCAUCUGCCGAAUGCACUCCCAAACACGCCAGAUUCCGCCUUGCAGUCGCCCCUUCGUACUGCAAUCCCCCAGGUCCAGCCGGCACUCCUAAGUGCAUAUCAUCACAUUCUCACGCACCCUCCCCCACCAAAUGUCUCCUCCGUCAACCCAGCCCGCUAUAAAGUCGCGCUUGCCUUUGUCACGCAGUCCGAGACGAACCCACGCUGGGACCCCGCGAUUACAUUGUUCGGAAACACAGCGCCCAAUGCGCCGCGUGUCACUGCGAUGGCCCCAUCUUUCCCGAUCCCUAUAAGCAAGCUGCCCCCGACACCGACUGACGGCAAGGACGAGGCAGAGAAAGACAAGAAAACGAACUUGCCGUCUGCACCGCCGAAACCGGUGGUGACGUCUGAGCGUGUCACACCCCUGCUAAGCCAACAACCGUCGCGUAUACCGGAUUUGGCCCGUCAAGUGCUACCGGGCUCGGUGUACGGCCGUGCAACACGCUUGACACAUCCGCCCAUACUGCAGCGCGGUUCACAGAAGCUCACGUACGGGCCCGGCAUCAAUGCACCGUGGAACACGAACGCACCAACACCUCCCGCUGCACCACUGACGAAUGCAAAGGGCAAGGACAGCGGUGUGAAUGGGGUUGUCAAGGACGGGGAGACACCUGCGAGGGCGCUCUCCGACGCUCGUCUCUAUGCAACAUGGGACUACGAACCGAAACGCUUCCAGGAUGCGAUUGUCCCGCGCCGAGGGAGGAUGGGGAGCAUGCACAGUGUGAGUGCACCAGGGCCUCCGGUGCGCCAGAGGAGCGAGAGCAGGCCGCUGGGUUAGGUAUGGGACCGAUGGCGGUGAUGGUGUGAGGCUCGGUCGGACAGUGUUUAUUUUGUUUCCUUGUUUCUUCUGCAGUUGCUCUCCGUGUCGCAUACAUAGCUGGUAGGAUCCACUCUCAUGGCAAUCUGUGUACCGCACCGUCGUCUGUCGCAGCAACGAAGCUGGCUAUUUCUGGAGUGUCGAGGGCUGGGACUUGUCGAGAAAGGCGGAUGGGUGAUAGU